AUGCUGGUGUGCAUCAAUAGUCGACCUCGCAUCGAAAACCUGAAUCGUAGUCGACCGUUGCACCUUCGCCAUGCUAAGAAUGGCAAUGGGAAGACAGGUACAGCCAAGUGCUUUCAUCAUGUCAAACGAACUCUAAAGCCUCAGAAGGAGUCAAUUGGCAAUGGGCGCCUUUUGACAGUUAAAGAAUAUGCAAAAGGACAAGACAUGACACAAAGCGAGGAAACUGUUGCGGUAAUGGUAGGGCUGGGCAAGCUAAGUUUUGCAACAUUCCCCGCCAACGGUGAUCCAUCACAAUUCCUUCCUGCGGGAACGCUGCAUAUCACUCACCUUGCAGCUCGUUUCAUUCCAACCCACACUUUUGGUAGCUUUGCAAAGAUUAUACCGACUAUACUCUACAAACAAUCGCUUCGCCACCCUCAGCGUCAGGGGCACUUGCAUCGCCCCGCUGAUCAGCAAAGGAUGGUACGAUGUCGAUACUCAAGGAUCAAGAAACAAGCCUCCUACAGUAGUACUCAAUCCGGCAAGAAAAUAGUCCACCUACCGUGGUGGGUCGGCCGCUAUAAGUUACUGUGUAUGUACAUACAGUACAUCCAGAACCCCCAAAAUGACUCUCGCAAAAAAGCAAACGGCACCAUCAAGAUGAAGGUACCACCCAAAGUCGGCCCUUUGCCCAACACUUCUCAGGCCACGGGAUUUUUCUCCCAAGCACAAACACUUGGCGCAUGA